CGCGCGCACUGCGCUUUUUGCUUGUGGCAGGCGACCGCGGCGCGGCGGCGGCCCACGCGCACCGGGAUCUUAUCCUUAUUGUAUUUUAUUCUGUUCUUAGCUCUCUGUCCCGACGCACGUCCCUGCCACAGAUCCCUAUUGUAAAACUCAACGUUUUAUUGUAACAAAGCCAGUUUAUUAUAAACUAACGUAUUAUGCCAAUAUGUUAGUAAAAACUCAGUCAUUCUUUGCCCGGUCUUCAGACGGUCUGUUUUGUUGUGUGAACGAGUGUUAUAAAUAAAAUAAUAAUAGCUGCGAACCAGCGAUUUUUAACAAAAUUGCUAUAUCAACAUACAUUAUGAAUGUAAAUGAUUUAGUGACCCGUUUAUUAUUUCUCACCAUUAUUUACAUUGUGGGAGCAACACCUGAUGAUAAGAGUUCGGCAUCGAGUACGUUAAGCAAUGAGAGCUGCAGAGCGCGCGCGGCGGCGUGCGACUCGAGCGCGGCGCACGCGCGCCGCCCGGUGUGCGGCUCGGACGGGCGCACCUACCCCUCGCGCUGCCACCUCAUGGUGGCGCAGUGCACCGGCUCGCCCGUCACAAUCGUUAGGAAGGGACCCUGCGUCGAGGGGCAGUCUUCAUGCCUAGUUGCGUUGCGGUACGCGUUGAAGGCCCAGAGCGGGGUCUGGUCAGCGUACAUACCACGAUGCCGCGCCGACGGGAGCUACGCAGCAGUGCAGUGCGCCACUGCUGGUGCAGUCGCUGCCAGCUGCUGGUGUGUCAACCCUGACGGGAAACCCAUCCCUGAUACCUCCGUCAGGAACGGUCGCCCAGACUGCACUAGAACCGGUAAAUCGCACACGAGGAGGCGGUCCUCGGUUCGCGGCCAACGCAAUAAAAGAACAUGCACGAGAACUGAUCGUGCCCAGUUCAACGGCAACCUGAUAAAAAUCUUCAGCGGGGAGUUUGAGAGAGCUCGAACGGAUUCAUCACCUUCGCCAGAGCCUAGGGCUGUGGCAGAUUGGAAGUUCAGGGAACUCGACAGAGACCGCAGUGAUGCGUUACAGAAGUCUGAAUAUAGGGGACUGAGGAGGCUGAUUAAAAAGGUGGUGAAGCCGAAGCGCUGCGCACGCGCCUGGGCCCGAGGCUGCGACGGCGACGGCGAUGGGGAGAUAGCCCACGCAGAGUGGGUUGCUUGCCUUCUGGUCAACCCGGAACCCCCUGCACCGGACUUCUCUCUCCGUUUCUUCAUGUCGUUGAAUGCAGACGAUGACAGCGGUCCGGAAGCGGAGCCAGAUUACAACGAGGAGGACCCACCGCCUGACCCCAGUUCAGUUUUACCCGGAAUAGUCAGAAACUCGUUCGCACCAGACGGGUCUGACUCAGAAUCCAGACGAGAAGAUGAAGCCAAUGACUGCCUGACUGACAGACAAGCGGUUUUGGACGAACAGAAAGCGGGCGGUGCUGCGCUCUAUGUGCCCGAGUGUACCGGUGACGGCAGGUACGCUCGCGCUCAGUGCUACAGAUCCACGGGCUAUUGCUGGUGCGUCCACCAGGACACUGGCAAGCCGAUCCCAGGCUCUUCAGUCAAGGACAGAAGGCCUGACUGCGACGCCGCCCCGCAGCAUGCUAGUCCGAUGAGAGGUACGGUCCUAUCAGGUUGUCCAGAACCAAUGAAGAGCACUUUCUUGCGAGAUCUGAUGAGCUUCUUCGUAUCGAAAAUGACUACUUCCAUUAAUGGGACUGGUCCAGGCGAUAUGGUGAAAUGGGGAGCAUCGAAAGAAGAGCAAGCGGCUACUUGGACGUACGUGAUGUUAGACAAGGAUAAAAACAAGGCGUUGGAGCGUCGCGAGUGGAAGGCGUUCCACCAGCUGAUAUCCAACGUCGAGCCCCUGAGGCGGUGUGGUAGGAAGCUGCCGAGGUACUGCGACGUCAACCACGAUACCAAGAUCAGUAUUACAGAAUGGAUGGCGUGCUUAGAAGUCACACAAGGGUCACAGGCACCAACGACUGAAGCGACCAAAGCGCCGUCCAAUCCUAGACGGAAAGGUCCGAAUCCGUUGGAGUCAUUCUUGAAAGCCGAUGAUUGAUUCAUCGACAUGUAAAUGCUAACUGUGUCAAUAUAUAGGACGUUUAUAGUAUUCGCGCCAGUGUUAGUUAAGAGAACAGUGUAGUGAAGUGUUUUCUAAACCUAGGAACAAACUGCUUAUGGCUAAGCGAAUGCAACGAGUAAACCAUGGUGUUAAAACAAACGCAAAAAUAUUCCUUUGUUGAGGUACAUUUUUCAUCUUUGCAAAUCAUCUUGACAAAACAUAGCUGGAAAUAGAACAGUGUCUACUACUAGAUAUGCUACCUUCUUCCAAUCAUAAUUUCUGCUUGUUGAAAUGACUGGAUGGAUGUUCACAAAUUUUGUUCUAGAUUCAUGACAAAAUCGCCCACGGCACCGGGAAAAAUCCAGAAGGUGCAUAAUUCUGAAAUCAAUGAAUCAGCCUUAUUUGUAUUUAUUAAAAAUCCAUUUGUGAUUUGUAUGAUAACAGUAUAUAUGUAGAAUGCGACUUUAUAAUUAUGAUUUUCUUUUAUGUGUAUCAAUACAAAUCAUUUGGUAACAAAGUUUUAUACACCAGAAGUAUUUCUGACCUCUAAUAAGUAAGAAGUGGUCGUCGGUCCACCCGACUCGUGUGCUUUUUAGUAUUAUACGCCAUAAAUUUCCUACGCCUUAAUAUUUAAUUCUAAUUAGAGUUUCUAAAAGAUUCUCAAACAUUAUAAAUAGUAAUAGUAAGUAGUCAUUGUCGUAAUUUAUUGAAGUUGAUACGAAACUGACUUUCACUAGUCGUGACGUUAACAUAUUCCGUAUAGGAGUACUUUAUUAAGUAUCAAAUUCGAAUGUUGAAAUGUAUUCUGGUUUUUUCGUACAGUUGUUAUUUAUGUAGCUAAUUCUUGUAUUAUGUACAUAAACCAGUGUAUCUAAGCUGCUAGAUUAAAACUAAUGUACUAUAUUGAAUUUUAUGAAAAAAUAUGAAUAGCUUUCAAAAUUUCUCUGUUAUCCUAUACCUGAAAUGACUUCAUAAAAUGUAUUUGUAAUUUUGUCCUCAGAAACUAUGUUACAAAAAAAAGAUUCAAUGUUCAGCUGUCGACGAUUUUAUCUAUAACUAUAAUUACAUACUAAAAUUACACAGGGCCCGAAUUUAUGACAUUUGCAAGUGAUCCACUUCAACGAGUAUACAAUGAUAUUAAUUCCCAGAAAGUAUUUAUGUUAGGUAUGACACUAUAUUUUUACACCUAAUAAUAAACAAGCUUUUUUAUUUAAUAUAUGUAAUUGUAUAGUUUAAUUUAAUAAGUCAUUGUCAAUUUGUAAGGACUAAUGUGAUAUUUCGUCAUUACUAUUGCUAAAUAAAUUAAUUUAAUAUUUA